GCCCUGAAGUACCAGGCCUUGGUGGAUGACCUGAACCACAAACGUCUGAAGCUGAGUCUGGUUGAGCUUUUUUAUAACGAGAAGAGCAUCAGCGCCAUUAGUGAGACGCUGAGGGAGAAACAAGAGGAUGCAGCGGGAAAGACCGACGAGUUGGUUACUGCAGAGCAACGCGUCAAAGCCCACAAAAAAGAGCACGGACGUCUCAGCAGAGAGCAGCAGCACCUGGAAAAAGAAAUACGGGGUCAGGAGCACAUCCUGGCUCAGUCCAGCUCGCAGUACGUCAAAGCCAAAGUGAACACAUCUCAUCACAUAAAGAAGGCUGCAGAGAUCAGCGCCGCUGUGAUGAGGAACAAGAAGAAGUUGGAAAGUAAAGAGCAGGAGCUGGAAGAAGGUCAGCAGGAAAUGGCUGAGCUUGAGAAGACGUGGAGGAGGUACGAGAGGCAGACCCAGGAAGAAGGAGUCGCAAAGGGAAGAGACAUCAGUCUAGAUGAGGAUCAGUUAGAUCAAUAUAAGGAGCUGAAGAGGUUAGCCCAGAAGCAGGCGGCCGUCCUCUUCCAGCAGGCUGAGAAGCUACAGUGGGAAGUGACAGCAGACACUGAAAAGCUGGCUUUUGAGCAGCGCAGAAAGAAGGAAAAAGAGUUUGGGCGACUGUCUGAUCUCUGCAGCCCAGUCCAUAAGAAAUACCAGCUGGCUGUUACCAAAGUGUUUGGCUCCAACAUGAAUGCAAUCGUUGUGGCGACUGAGAAGGUCGCCCGCGAAUGCAUCUGCUUCCUCAAGGAGCAGCGAGGCGAGCCAGAGACCUUUCUGCCCGUUGACUACCUGGUGGUGAAAACACUGAAUCAACGACUCAGAGACAUCCCAAAUGAUGAGAAGAAGCUUCUGCAGGUAGUAGAGGAGGGUCAGAAUAAGCUUCAGGAGAUGAAGAACCAGCUUCUCCUUAGAAAAAAACAGGUGGCUUCAUUGAAAGCUGAGCUCAGCCAGAAAACUCAACACCUACAGGAGAUCAACAACAAAUGGAAUAAGGUUUCGUACGAGCCCAAAUCUUUCAAUGCGAGCACCAAAGUAGUCCAAAAGUGCAACAAGGAGUUUGAGGAAGUCAAAACUCAGCGCCUCAAGCUCUUCAAUCAGUGUUUUGAACACGUGGUGCUCGUAAUCGAUCGCAUCUAUAAAAAAAUAUGCAGAAACAAGGGAGCCCAGCUUGAUCACUGCAUGUUUAGUCGCAUUUUGACCCUGGACCUGCGUCCCUACCCGCUGGCUGAAGAGGAAAACGACAAAGCAAGAGCUGAGGAGGCCAGAACCGACACAAGGAUGUCAUGGUGCGGUGCUACUGGGGAAACAGCUCCCAUCAUCUCCUGCAUUUGGGAGCCGGAGCAGAAGGUGACCAGCUUCAUCAGAGAGGAGUCCAAAGUGAACAUGCAGAUCAUUGUCAUUUCCCUGAAGGAGGAAUUUUUCUCCAAAGCUGAUGCUCUUCUUGGAGUCUGCUCCAAUCUUGAUCACUGCAUGGUUAGUCGCAUUUUGACCCUGGACCUGCGUCCCUACCCGCUGGCUGAAGAGGAAAACGACAAAGCAAGAGCUGAGGAGGCCAGAACCGACACAAGGCUGGAGUCUUCUACCCUGAAAAAGACUCCAUGAAGUCAUCGUUUCUUUGUGUUUUACCUGAAAAUGUUCUGGUUCUUAAAAGUUUUUAUGCCUGCAGGUGUUUUGCUAAUGGUAGCAACUAGUCUGUUGAUAAUUUUACUAUGAAAAAUAGAAGUAACCUGAGUUCUCUAAGUGUUUUUUU